UCAUCUUCGCCACUCCUUCUACUCAAUUGCUCGCACACCCAGUCAUCAUCCUAUGUCUUUAGCUAAUUGGAAAACUUUCCACUUUUUCGAGGAGACGCAGCUCCGCGAUCCAUCGUUUGGAUCGCCAGACCCACUCUACUCCACGGGCGUCACCGCCACGUGCUCCACCAAAGACUUCUUUGUGGUCGCCACUAACACAGGGGUGAUCCGCCUCAUCACGCCAGAUUUCCAGCUACGAACGCAGUUCCAGGCCUACGAGCUCGGCUACACGGUUUGCCACCUCCAGAGCCUCGACCGCUACCUCGUGAGCAUUGCGGAGAAGCAGGGGUUUCCGUCGGUGUUGAAGCUCUGGGAUAUGGAGCGGGUGCUCGGUGAAGAGAUGAACGAAUUCAAGUUCCACACGAGCGCAAAGAUCUCCAACGGAACCAACGCAUUUCCCAUGACGGCAUUCGCAGCGACAGCAGACUUUUCAGUAUUGGCGUGUGGCUACGCAAACGGUGCCGCGGUGGUGGUACGCGGAGACCUCCUUCGCGACCGCGGUUCACGGCAGCGCGUGGUGUACGAGAGUGCAGAACCAGUGACGGGUGUGCGAUUCCGGGACGAAUCGGUUUUAUACAUCACCACCACUUCUAGAAUCCUUACGGUCCCUACCACGGGCAGAAACCAGGGAAAGCCAGACAAAAUUCUUGAUAAAAAGCAGGGGUGUGACCUCGGCUGUGCUUAUGAAGAUUCAGGUGACUUGGUGGUUGCGCGCGACGACGGAUUGACCUUCUACAACACACUCGGGAAGCACUCGUUUCUCCCGUUGGAGGUAGCCAAGCGCCGAGUCUUUAACUUUGGAAAGUAUUUGCUUAUUGUUACUGAGACGAUACCAGAGCGUAGCGAACAGCUCAGUAGCUUGAUUGGUGGUACGCGCAGCGCAGCACGCGUACUAAUUGUCGACUUGAAGAAUCGCUUUGUUGCACAUCAGCAAAGCCUCCAGAGCGCCGUCAGCGACGUCUUUCACAUGUGGGGCGAUACUUACCUCUAUACCAAGGAUGGCUUACUCUGGAAAUUCCACGAAAAGGCGCAACAACAGCAAAUCGAUGCAAUUGUCGCGCGGGAGAACUUUCCGGUGGCCAUCGCCUUGGCACGUGAGUACGCCAUGGAUGAGACCCUUGUUAUGGGUAUUGUCCGCCACUACGCCGACUACCUCUAUCUGAAAAAUGAACACGACAGGGCCAUGGACCAGUACGUGGUGUGUGCCGCGAUAGUGGAGCCGUCCGAAGUGAUUCUCAAGUACAAGGGGAACGAAAACAUCUACAGUUUGAUCCGGUACCUCGAGAAGCUUACGCUGAUGAAGAUGGCAAAUAAUGAUCACACAACGCUUCUUGUGUGCUGCUACUGCAAGAUGAAAAAAGUGGCGGAAAUUGAUCGGUUCAUCGAGGACUUUUCUGCCGACGAUUACGUCUUCCACGACGCAUCUGUCGGGGGGAGCGUACCCGCGGGCGCAUUGAACUUGAACUUGGUUGUGAAUCUUCUCCGCGAGUGCGGCUACUUCCGUCAGGCCGUGCGCUUGUUGGGCAAGUUGGGUGAACACAACACGAUUGUGGAGAUCCAGUUGCACGACUUGAAGCGUGCCCGCGCGUGUGUGCGAUAUGUGAGGUCGUUGCCGUAUGAUGAAGCGUUGCGGAUUCUUAUCAACCACUCCAAGACGUUGCUCGACCGCGUUCCUAUCGAAACCACUCAGCUUUUGAUCGAUGUUUUUACGGCAAAGUAUUUCCCAGAGGAGUCUGAUGAAUCGGCAGCGGAUUCCCGCCCUGAGGAGCCUGACUCCUCCUUCCCAUUGCAAAGCUACAAGGCUUUUGUCUCCUACAUCUCUCUGAAGCGUGAGAAGCUCCCAGACGAUCCUAAGCCGCCUUCCAAGCCAACUUAUACUCCUCCCCGCCCGCGAUUGAUUUUCCCCAGCUUUGUCGGAAAACCCCACGAGUUUGUGGUGUUCUUGGAAGCCUGUGUAGAGACGUACACCAAGUUGGAAGGGAACGAAACGGAGCGUAAGGACAUUCUUGUGACAUUGUUAGAGAUGUAUCUCACGCUAGCGGAUGAGAGCGAAGGAUCCCUGCGGUCAGAAUGGCAGACCAAGGCCAGCUUGUUGAUUCGCGCACAGCGGAACGUGCUCGAUGCGCCACAGGUGUUGCUCUUAGCUACAAUAUUCGACUUUGCGGAAGGCGAGCUCCUUGCAAAAGACCAGCCAGGCUAUGAGAUCGACCUCUUCCGCUCUUCCUGUGCUGCCGAGGACGUUCCGGGGGCCAUUUCGCUUUUGCUGAAGUAUGGUGAUGCCGAGCCACAGUUGUACGUGCUUGCUUUGACCUUCUAUGUCUCGUGCGAGCGUGUUUACGAGGCUGUGGGGGCGGCAGAGGUUGCGCGUGUCUUGCGCGAGAUCCAGGCACGCGACCUAGUCUCGCCCCUCGAGCUCAUCCAGACACUCAGUGCAACUAGCGUUGCAAGCAUUGGCUUGGUCAAGAGCUACUUGGUGGAGUAUGUUCAGCAGCAAAAUGAAGAGAUUGCAAAUAAUGAGAAGCUCAUUGAGUCGUACCGCAAGGAAACGGAGACAAAAAAGCGUGAAAUUCGCGCUUUGAAACAGGACCCUUUGACGGUGCAAACUGCCAAAUGUGCCAUCUGUGGCGGUCGCUUAGACUUCCCCGUCGUCCACUUCAAGUGUGCCCAUUCGUACCAUCAGCGGUGUUUGGCGGAGGCUGAUGUAGAUGCGUUGACGGACAUUGAAACUUGUCCCACGUGCGCCAGCGAGGUGGAUCAGAUUGUGGCAUUACGCGAGCAGGAGCGGGAGGUUAGUGAGCGCAUGGACCUUCUUGAUCUUUCCUUGCAGAACAGCGAGGAUCGGUUUAAAAUUGUAGCGGACUUCAUGGGCAGGGGCGCUAUGGAUGGGGGCAAGUAUGUAUUUGAUAGUUAGAUAUGGUAGAUAUAAGGUGACUUAGUUAAUGUUAAAAGCGCUUUCCCCAA